CCUUAUAGCACAUGCGGUGUCAUUUCUGUGUUGUCUGAUUCACGAGCGGAUAGACUGAACUUGGUAGUUUUAACUGAGCGAACUAAAGUAAAUUUCUGCGGCGUUCCUCAGGUGUACUACGAGGGAGUAUCAUCUUGUGAUCGAGCCUGUUUUGCGAAGCAUUUGCGAUGCAGCGGGUACUACGGUGCUUGACGGUAGCACUUUUCGCCGUCGUCAUUGCCAGUGCGAAGAAGGAGUCAGAUUCGAAGGACAAGGACAAUGUAGGCACUGUAAUCGGUAUCGACUUGGGCACGACGUACUCUUGUGUGGGUGUUUUUAAGAACGGCCGUGUAGAAAUCAUCGCCAACGACCAAGGCAACCGAAUCACUCCAUCUUACGUGGCAUUCACCGCCGAGGGCGAGCGUCUCAUCGGUGAUGCUGCGAAGAACCAGCUGACUAGCAACCCUGAAAACACCGUCUUUGAUGCCAAGCGUCUGAUUGGACGAGAAUGGAGCGACCCCUCGGUGCAGCACGACAUCAAAUACUUCCCGUUCACGGUAUCCGACAAGAACAGCAAGCCCCACAUCCAGGUCCAGACCGGACAGGGCAACAAGCUCUUUGCUCCAGAGGAGAUCUCCGCCAUGGUUCUCACGAAGAUGAAGGAAACUGCGGAGUCGUACUUGGGCAAGAAGGUGACCCACGCGGUGGUGACUGUGCCGGCCUACUUCAACGAUGCUCAGCGCCAAGCUACCAAGGAUGCUGGAGUGAUUGCCGGACUCAACGUCAUGAGGAUCAUCAACGAACCGACGGCAGCCGCCAUUGCGUACGGGUUGGACAAGAAGGAAGGCGAAAAGAACAUCCUGGUCUUUGAUUUGGGAGGAGGAACCUUUGAUGUGUCCCUCUUGACGAUUGACAACGGAGUCUUCGAGGUGGUCUCUACCAACGGUGACACUCAUCUUGGUGGUGAAGACUUUGACCAGCGUGUCAUGGAGCACUUCAUCAAGCUGUACAAGAAGAAAACCGGAAAAGAUGUCCGCAAGGACAACCGUGCCGUGCAGAAGCUCCGCAGGGAGGUUGAGAAGGCCAAGAGAACUCUGUCCUCUGCUCACCAGGCCCGCAUUGAGAUUGAGUCCUUCUUUGAGGGCGAGGACUUCAGUGAGACCCUCACCCGUGCAAAGUUCGAAGAACUGAACAUGGACCUGUUCCGCUCCACCCUGAAGCCCGUCCAGAAGGUCCUGGAAGAUGCGGACCUCCAGAAGAAGGACAUCGACGAAAUCGUCCUCGUCGGUGGCUCAACCAGGAUCCCCAAGGUCCAGCAGCUGGUGAAGGAGUUCUUCAACGGCAAGGAGCCCACCCGCGGCAUCAACCCCGACGAGGCUGUUGCCUACGGUGCUGCCGUACAAGCCGGAGUUCUCGGUGGUGAAGAAGAUACAGGUGACCUCGUCCUCCUGGAUGUCAACCCCCUCACCCUUGGUAUCGAGACAGUUGGUGGUGUGAUGACCAAGUUGAUUCCACGAAACACCGUCAUCCCGACCAAGAAGAGUCAGAUCUUCUCCACGGCAUCCGACGACCAGCACACCGUCACCAUCCAGGUGUUCGAAGGUGAACGUCCCCUGACGAAGGACAACCACCAGCUCGGCAAGUUCGACCUGAAGGGCAUCCCUCCGGCUCCGCGAGGCGUUCCGCAGAUCGAGGUGACCUUUGAAAUCGACGUCAACGGUAUUCUGAAGGUGAGCGCCGAAGACAAGGGAACGGGCAACAAGGAGAAGAUCACGAUCACCAACGAUCACAACCGUCUGACGCCCGAAGACAUCGAGAACAUGAUCAAGGAUGCGGAGAAGUUCGCGGAUGAAGACAAGAAGGUGAAGGAGAAGGUGGAGUCUCGUAACGAGCUCGAGUCGUACGCCUACUCUCUCAAGAACCAGAUCGGAGACAAGGAGAAGCUGGGAGCCAAGUUGAGCGCCGACGAGAAGAAGAAAAUCGAGGAGGCCGUUGAUGAGAAGAUCAAGUGGCUGGAGAAGAAUGCUGAGGCAGACUCUGAGGAGUUCAAGGCUCAAAAGAAAGAGCUGGAAGAAGUGGUCCAGCCCAUCAUCGCCAAGCUGUACGCUGGCGGAGCGCCUCCGCCAACGGGAGAGGAGACGAAAGACGAGUUGUAAUGUGCGUGCAAGGCUUAGAGACUUUCAUGAAAUGGUGGAACACUUCAAGAGGAAACUUUCACGGUCGUCAUCAUCCAUCUCAUCCCAUGCAGUGUUUCCACGAACUCUUGUCCCGACCAGGGACCUUUCCAUGUACAAAGGCAAAUUUUUCUUGUCUAGGUUAUUUAAGUUUGUUCUGGGGGUGUCAUGGGGGUAAUAAAAUGUGUUUGCUGUA